AUGGAUUCGGCUAACGCUGCUCAUGAAUUGCUCCAAUAUCUUCGCUUUGGAUAUCCUCCAGUUUUGUUCGUCGUUCUUUUUGCCUUUUUUUUGGUCCAUUCCUCUCAGGUGGCCAAGAAUGUUAGUCGGAAUACUGAAGUGCAAUAUGGCCCUGGUGGAAAACCACUGCCCAGUCGAACUCGAAUGAUGAUGGCAGUAGCCAGGGACUUGCCCGCGGAGCUUGCGUGGAAUAGUUCCAAAGGCUUGUUUGCUUGGUUAGAUCUUUUUGUGUUGGCAACCUAUAUUGCAGAGGCAGCGAUUUAUAUGAUCCAUGCUAUGAUCUCAAAGUCAGAGCAGUGGUGGUGUGGCCAAGCUGUGGUGGUCUUCGUCGUUGGGUCUUUCUUCACUCAUACCGUCAUCUUCAUCUCUUUACUCGAGGCAAACCCUGCACCAUCAAUCGCGCAAUUCAUCCCAUGGCUGUCGGCCAUUCCCUUCGAGGCCGCGAUUCUCUCAACUUCCGUCUCAAUGUAUUCCCAUACGCACCGUGAACCUACAGUCAGUGAUCCAUUCGGUGGAAGAUUACGCACAAAGAUCACAUUUUGGGAGGCAUUGGAGAUUUCCGCAGGUUCUGUGCGGAUUGUUUUUCUCACACUGCUGGUCACGUCCUACAUCUUCAAAUCUACCCGCAAACAUCGAGCCUCCAAGGAGGCCGAAGAUGCCGAUCCCGAAGAGACUACUAGUCUGCUAGAUUCAAGAGGCAAUGCCCACUCGGAUGACAGUGAUGUCUUGACCGAUUGUCAACAGACUCCCGAAGUAGAAGCGUGGGUCCGGCCCUUAACAACUCCUUCCACUAACUGGAUGGAAUAUCUGAGUGGUUAUUCUCUAUUCUUUCCAUAUCUAUGGCCUUACAAAUCUCCCCGGUUACAAGUUGUUGUCGUCAUCUGCUUUGCUAUAUUAAUUGUACAGCGAGCGGUAAACAUCCUAGUCCCAUAUCAGGUGGGAGUGAUUGCAGACUCAUUGUCCACCGGUGAUGGAACUUUGCAGGUGCCUUGGAUGCCCAUCUGUUUAUAUAUCAUUUAUCGUUGGCUUCAAGGCAGCCAAGGUUUCCUUGAGUCAGUUCGUUCAAACCUGUGGAUUUCAGUGAGCCAGUAUGCAUACAUGGAGUUAUCAACCGCUGCAUUUGAGCAUGUUCAUAACCUAGGACUGGACUUUCACCUGGGUAAAAAGAUGGGCGAGGUUCUUUCUGCUCUCACCAAAGGCAGCUCAAUCAACACUUUCCUUGAGCAAGUGACCUUUCAAGUGUUGCCUAUGUUCAUUGAUUUGGCCAUUGCCAUUGGAUAUUUUCUAGUCGUAUUUGACGUGUACUACGCAUUGGCUGUCGCUAUCAUGACAUUCUUCUACCUCUAUUCAACUGUCAAGAUUGCCUCUUGGAGAGCCAAUAUGCGACGCCAAAUGGUGAACGCUUCUAGGCAGGAAGACGCUGUUAAGAAUGAUUCUCUUGUAUCCUACGAAACCGUCAAAUACUUCAACGCAGAGGAAUACGAGUUCAACCGCUAUGGAGGGGCCGUCUCAGACUUCCUCAAGGCAGAAUGGCAUUCUCUCUUCGCACAGAACCUGAUGAAUAUUUUUCAAAAUGUCAUCUUUAUGCUUGGCCUUCUAAUCACCUGUUUUAUUUGUGCCUACCAAGUUGCUUGCGGUCAACGUGCAGUCGGCCAGUUUGUGACUCUCCUUACAUACAUGGCCCAACUUCAAGCCCCAUUGAACAUCUUUGGUACCUUCUACCGAUACAUUCAAUCUGCAUUGAUCAAUGCAGAGCGUUUACUCGAGCUGUUCCGCGUCCAGCCAUCAGUGGUGGAUGCACCGUCUGCAACCCCACUAGCAGUCUGCCACGGUCGAAUCACAUUUAACAAUAUUCAGUUCUCGUAUGACACACGACGGCCUGCUCUCAAUGGAUUGACCUUCCACUGCAAGCCAGGUACUACUACUGCUCUGGUAGGAGAAUCAGGUGGCGGAAAAUCCACAAUCUUCCGCUUGCUAUACAGGUUCUACAAUCCGAACGGUGGAAGCCUUCUCAUUGAUGGACACGAUACCCAAACCUUGACAAUUGACUCUGUGCGAAGACAUAUCGGCAUUGUCCCACAGGACACAGUUCUAUUCAACGAAUCACUCAUGUACAACCUCAAAUACGCCAACCAAGACGCUACUGACGAGGAAAUCUAUGACGCCUGCCGUGCAGCCAGUGUACACGACAAGAUCAUGGCCUUCCCCGAUGGAUAUGAAACCAAGGUGGGAGACCGUGGAUUGCGACUAAGUGGUGGUGAGAAACAGCGCGUUGCCAUUGCCCGAACCAUUAUCAAGAAGCCUCAGAUCAUUCUGCUUGACGAGGCAACGGCCGCAUUGGAUUCCGAGACGGAGCAGAAUAUCCAAGAAGCACUAUCAGUCUUAUCGCGUGGGCGCACUGUGCUAGUGAUUGCCCAUCGGCUGAGCACCAUUACCACUGCUGAUAACAUUGUUGUAUUGCACGAAGGUCGUGUCGCAGAGAGUGGGACCCAUGAGCAGCUUCUAACUUCUCAUGGUCGAUAUACAACUAUGUGGCGGAAGCAGAUUCGUGCGCAGACCGAAUCUGUGGGACUGAAGGCCUUAUCGGGCAAGAUAUAG